AUGACCACAGAGUCGACCCAUCGUAAGUCCUCAAGCUUAGAAAGUCCUGACAACGCAGACAAAUUAAUCACAAUAUUGUCUGAUCAAACACCCACACAAUUGAGGAACGAACUCAUCGAAAUAGUUCCACCCGAAGACCAUCACAAAGAAGUCCAAGUUGACCAAAACACAAAGACCUUAAUUUCUUUUCUCGAAAAGACAAAACGCCCAUCGCAACGAAUGACAACGACUUUGGAGGCUGUGAUUAAAGCACGCCACCACAAUGCAAUGACAAAGUACAACACCAAAUACGGGAAAAAGAGCGAGAUCAUGCAGAGUUGUCGACGGACGUUUGAAGGGGAGUUAGCAACGCAGAACGCAAAGAUAACAUUGGAAACACUUUUGGAGAGUAAAAAGAUGUUAGAAGAAAAGAUAUCGAUGAUGAACUCAUACUUCGCGGAGAUGAAUGAGAAGAAACUCCAACGAAUGUAUGACAUCGUGGUGUCUUAUAUCACUCAGGAGGGGUUAACUGAUACCGUUGAAUACUCUUUCGAGAACUCAAAGUACAAAACUAAGAAAGUGAUCCUCCGGUCAAACUUCUUAGUUGUGUGUUCAUCGUCAGGGAAGUCUAAGGACGUGUUCUAUUUGUACAACCCUGUUGUAGAAAAGGAGAGCGAUUGUUCGUUAAGAAUCAAUCAAACGACUAAAAUCAAAUUUCAAAGUAACGAAGUUCGAGAGAAGUGGGUGAGUGCACUACGAAAUUUAACAAUUUGGGUCGAGUCUAUACCUCGGACUGUUAUUAACCAAGAGGGAGGUAUCACAGGGUUGGACAAAGUAGAUAUUACAUUCAAUGCGACUAAAUCGCGGCCAAGUCUCAAUUCGAAGAACUCUGUUGUGUCGUCAUCAAUGAUGUCUAUUCCAUCAUCCCCACCCAUUCAGAAAAAAGAGCCCGUUGAAAUUAAAAAGUCAAGCGAUAUUAAAAAACACACCAAAACGUUGUCGUUGUUUGCACGAAAAGAUAAAGACGAGAAGAAAGACGACAAAAAAGACGAGAAAGGCCAGAAGAAGGAGGACAAAAGCGAUAAGAGCAAAGACGAGAAAAAGAGCGAAAAAGACGAGAAAACACGAGUUAAUUUCUUCGGUAUCAAGUUGGAGAAAUACGGCGAGGAGCACAACACAAACAACAUCCCCUUACCGAUUAAGGCACUUAUUGACUAUUUGAAAAUACACGCAGCAAACGUCGAAGGCAUUUUCAGAAUAUGUGGGAACCAAGACACUGUACAAAACAUUAAAGAACGCUUGCAAUGUCUUGAAACGGACUUUUUCGAUGACAUUGAUAUCUAUUCAUUGGGAAGUGUAUUAAAACAGUAUAUCAGAGAAAUACCAGGCCAAGUGUUACCAACAGAAAUCGAUAAGGAAUUUCUGGAGUUGUUAAAACAAAAAAACAACAUGACUGAUGAAGAGAUGAUGGAAAAAUAUAAACUGGUGUUUAAAAAGCUACCGAAAAUCAUUGCUGAGUUUGUGGAGGAGUUGACGGAGCUCUUCUUCUUGAUCUCACAACACGCAGAAACGAAUAAAAUGAGUGUCACAAAUAUAUUCAUUUGUCUCGGUCCUGCACUUAGGGGAUGCCCCUUCUGUUUUAACUACGCCACUGCUAACCACAAGACCGUGUUUGCGAAGUAA